UUAUUUUGAAAAGUUUGACGGAUGUCUCCCUUUCUCUUUUUUACCAACUUGACACUUAAAUGGGUGCCUAAUGUUUAGAGAGCAACGUUAGCUACGCUGAUGUAAACUUUCACUCUGGCUCUGAUGAUACUCAGCCUUCAUUCUAGCUAAGAAGUUUCUGAGUGGUCGGCGUGAUCAUGGCGGACCGGGAGGAGCGCCGCUUCGCCGAGGUUUCCCGAGAGUCUGUCAAACUCAUGGCCGAGAGUGCAGGUGUAGAGCUCGCCGAUGAUGUGGCCGCUCUGCUGGCUGAAGAUGUGUGUUACCGGCUCAGGGAGGCAACGCAGAGCAGCUCUCAGUUCAUGAGACAUGCCAAGAGGAGGAAGCUGACAGUGGAGGACUUUAACAGAGCUCUGCGCUGGAGCAAGGUGGAGGCCAUAUGUGGCUACGGGGCCCAGGAUGCUCUUCCUUUCCGCUCAGUGAAAGAAGGAGAGCUUUUCUUCAUUGAGGAUCGGGACAUCAACCUGGUCGAGUUGGCUCUGGCCACCAACAUUCCCAAGGGCUGUGCUGAGACCAUGGUGCGAGUAAACGUGUCUUACCUGGAUGGGAAGGGCAACCUGGAGCCUCAGGGGACAGUUCCCACAGCGGUGCAGUCUCUGUCAGAUGACCUGUUGAAGUACUACCAGCAGAUCACACGGGCCAUCCUGGGAGAGGACCCCCACCUCAUGAAGGUGGCUCUGCUGGACCUCCAGUCCAACUCCAAGAUUGCUGCCCUCCUGCCAUACUUUGUUUAUGUCAUCAGUGGGGUGAAGUCAGUAAGCCAUGACCUGGAGCAGCUCAACAGGCUCCUCCACAUGGUGAAGAGCCUGGUUCAGAACCCCUACCUGUACCUGGGCUCGUACGUGCGCAGCCUGGUCUCCAGCGUCAUGUACUGCAUCCUGGAGCCACUGGCCGCCUCCAUCAACCCGCUCAACGACCACUGGACCCUCAGGGACUACGCAGCCCUGCUGCUCAGCCACAUCUUCUGGACUCAUGGCGAUCUGGUGAGUGGUCUGUACCAUCAGAUCUUGCUGUCGCUCCAGAAGGUUCUGUCUGACCCGGUGAGGCCUCUCUGCUCCCACUAUGGAGCCGUGGUGGGGCUUCAUGCUCUGGGAUGGAAGGCUGUUGAGAGAGUGCUCUUCCCACAUCUCCCUGCGUACUGGGCCAACCUCCAGGCUGUGCUGGAUGACUACUCCGUUUCCAACGCCCAGGUCAAAGCAGAUGGACAUAAGGUGUACGGAGCCAUCCUGGUGGCAGUGGAGCGCCUGCUGAAGAUGAAGGCUCUGUCUCUGUCUCAGCCAGCGGAGCUGGGCUCUGGGGGUCAGCCAGGCUCUGUGGGGGGGGCUAUGGGUUACAGGGUGAGCUCCCCCGGCCUCAGCCCUCCCCCUGAGCCUCUGUCAGAGGCCGCCCUGGGAAUCGCCAGCCACCUUCAGGCGGGCGGGGCCGGCUGUCCCUGGGAGGAGUGGACCCCGGUCCCUCUGCCCGCCAUGUACUGCGAGCUCUACUCCUUCUUCGGAGACAGCCUGGCGGUCCGGUUCAGUACCGGGCCCGGGUUCGGCAGCUUCCCUCCCUGCGCCCCGUCCCAUUCCGAUGGCGCCAGGAAGGAACCCCCUGGCCCUGCCUCCAACCCUGACACCACCCGAAAGAUGCCUCAGCUGACCGCCAACCUCAACAUCAGCCCCCGGCAGGACGGGAGUCCACGCACCGAUCCGCCCCCCCCCAGCCUGGCAGCUACUGGGUCAGGAAGGUCCCUGGCUCGCUCCUCCUCCGUGCAGCGCUCCAGAUCUUCCUCGUCCCGUUCGGGCCAGCGUUCAGCCGGUCCGUCUCGGGACGUUUUCCCCAAAGCUCGCUUCACCUCUCCUCAGACGGGACUUCCCGUGUUCUCCUUCCUCAUUGGCGGGCGGCAAAUGGGUCGCCGUUGCCAAGGCCGCCGCCCCUUCCAGACCACUUUUGCCCCGACUCCACCCCUCUCUGCCAUCGCACCGCGUGCCUACGCCCACAAACUGCCCGUCAUCGGCAGGGUGGGCAAACCUGUGCGCCGCUGGGCGUGCUCCCAUUACUCCCUUCACCUUCCUCUGUAGAGAGGGGGGGUCUCAGACUGUACUACUACACAGCAGGGUCCCACUGCUACAGACUCUACGCACAGCAAUAAACACACAGUACACGCAGUUUGGACACGCACAAGCAAAUUAAGAGAACGUUUCCCACUUUAACAUCACUUCAUCAGGCAGCGUUUUAGAAACAAUUUAAGAAACUGCACUGCAAAACACAGAAAAUAUGAAGCGCUGCAAGUAGGGCUGGGUGAUAAUUCAAUAUGAUAAUUGAUCGUCUUUCAAUGGAAUCAUAUCGUGAUGAAAUCAUAAAUCGAAAUAUCGUGAUAUACAAUUAUGUAGUCUAAAUUGAUCAUUUACAAGCACGUAACUCAGUUUGACUCAAAGUCUUUUGUGAAACAUUUUGAGGGGAUAUCAUUUGAAGAAUUGCAGAUUUGUUUUAACAUCACACUAUCUUUGUGCACGCAUAUAAUUUCACUUGAAACUGUUCAUCAUAUUAUUGAUGAUUUUUUUUUAUCUACAAUUGUGAUAUCCGAUUUUCUGCAUAUCGCCCAGCCCGACCUGGAAGUCCCACGGACCAACAGAAGUUUCCAGGGGAGACUAGUGACAUUAGUCAGUCGAUAAGCCCACAUGUCUGUUAAGUUGUAUACGACACAUUUGCUUGUGUUUUCUGUAUUUAUACACCGUAUUUCCCCACUGGGGAUCAAUAAAGGUGUAUCUUAUCUUA